CUGCUGAAACGCAAUUCUCGAUCACAAACGGAAAAAUGAUCGACAUUCAUGGUUCCGCUCUAGAAAAAUGACUGUUCACACGUAACUGUCAAAUGAACAAGUAUUUUCUGUUUGGUCGUGAGAAGAUAUCAGUGCCUGAAACACACAAGAACGUCAAGAGUAUCGCUGGGUGAUAGGCUACUUUUCGUAGCGCCGAAGCUGGAAACAAUGCCACAUUUCUUGUGGCCAGAGCCGCUGUCAGCCGCACAACUCAAGCGGCUAGAGGAGCACAAAUAUAGCGCUUCGGGUCGAUCCCUUUUCGAACCUCCUUGUCAGAUAUAUUGGAAUUGGCUGGUCCAACAAAUUCCAACUUGGGUAGCGCCUAAUACUCUGACUAUAAUUGGACUGGUAAUAAAUAUAGUCACAACUGUAGUGUUGGUGUUUUACUGUCCAACGGCAACAGAGGAGGCUCCAGCAUGGGCCUUCAUUUUGAGUGCGUUGGGCCUGUUCAUCUAUCAGUCGCUGGAUGCCAUCGAUGGGAAGCAGGCCCGGAGGACAAACAGCAGCUCUGCGCUGGGGGAGCUCUUUGACCACGGCUGUGAUGCUGUCUCCACAGUGUUUGUUUCUGUGGGAACAUGUAUAUCCUGUGGGGUAGGAAGCUACCCUGAUUGGAUGUUCUUCUGUGGCUUUGUGGGGAUGUUCAUGUUCUUCUGUGCACACUGGCAAACCUAUGUUUCUGGAACGCUGCGCUUUGGCCUGGUUGAUGUGACAGAGGUCCAGAUUGCCAUCGUUGUCAUGUAUGUGAUGUCAGCUUUUGGUGGAGUGGCCCUUUGGGACUACAGGUUACCCGUCCUUGGGGUGAAGCUGUAUGCCUUCCCCAUCUUGGGCAUCAUUGGGGGAGCCGUGUUCUCCUGCUAUAACUACUUCCACGUCAUCCUCAACGGGGGCGUCGGCAAGAACGGCUCCACUGUGGCUGACACCAGUGUGCUGGCACCAGGUAUGCACAUCGGCCUCAUCCUCACACUGGCCUUCAUCAUCUUCAAGAAGUCAUCCAACAAGCUUUUUGAACUGCACCCCUGCCUCUACAUCCUAACUUUCGGCAUGGUCGUCGCCAAGAUCGCCAACAAGCUAGUUGUGGCCCACAUGACCAAGAGUGAGCUUUAUCUCCCAGACACGGCUUUCAUCGGGCCUGGCCUCCUUUUCCUCAACCAGUACUUCAACAGCUUCAUCGACGAGCACAUAGUCCUCUGGAUCGCAAUGGUCCUGUCGUUGAUUGACUUGACACGCUACUGCACAGGCGUGUGCAUCCAGAUCGCCUCUCACCUGCGUAUUCACGUGUUCAGCAUUACGGCGCAAGCUGCCCCCAAACAAGACUGACGUUUUGCCCGGAGGAAGAGGGCAGGGGAGGCAGAGGACGCCACCCCGCUCUUGAAAGCAGACGAUGAUGAAGAGGUCCCCUCCACCCCAAACCACAGGAGCCUUGACACAGUGACCACCUCUGACUAAAGGUUGUCUGUAAUAACACUAGGGUAAUGACAGGAAUGACACAACCACCCAAGUAGAGCCAUUGUCAAGGGUAA